AUGAGCAACAACGUAGACACCCCUGUCCUCAUCGUUGGUGCAGGUCCUGCCGGCCUUGUACUUGCCCUCGCCCUCGUGCAGAAUGGUGUGAAGGUGCGCGUCAUCGACAAGGAGGCAUUCUACCGCCCUGGCCAACGCGGCGCCGGCAUACAACCUCGGACGCUCGAAAUCUUCAACUACCUCGGUGUUCUAGACGACAUCGUCGCCAAGGGCAUUGACGCGCCGAAGCUGCGUCGCGUGUACAAGCUGCCGGGUGGGGUCGAGCCCUUGAAGACGGUUAACAUGCUGCAGUACGACGAACCGACCCCCUCGACGCCGAUCAUCGCUCACCGUUCAGCCACCCUGAGAAAGGCCAACGGUGUGCACAUUGGCCAGGAGAACAGUGAGGCGAUUCUGCGGGCGCAUCUCGCGAAUAUUGGCACCAAUGGGGCAUAUGACGACCGUAUACUGCAUGUGCGUCCGACCGAAACCCCCCACUGCUUCUAUGUUGCGCUCGGCGGCCAGAUCGAUCACAAGAAGCUCGAAUCUGACAGGGAGGAGUUCAUAAAAGCCAUCUAUGCCGCCACAGACCGGCACGACUUGCAAUUCGGAGAGCUCAGGUGGAUCUCGGAAUGGCGCCCAAACAUCCGUAUGGUGAACAAGUUUCGCGAAGGUCGAGGCUUCGUCGCCGGAGGUGGGUCCCUUCCCGACGGGGGCCAGGGAUUAAACUCUAGUGUGCAAGACUCGUUCAACCUCGCCUGGAAGCUUGCGCUCGUCGAGAAGGACCUGGCCUCACCCGAUCUACUUGACACCUACACCGAGGAGCGCCUCCCGGUGAUCGCCGCCAUGCUGCAAGCGAGCACUACGCUCCUGAACGCGCUCCAAACCUCCAAGUCCGGCGGCACCGACAACGCUGCGUGGACGCGCGAGGGCCUGCUGAAGAUGCUCGGCAUUAACUACCGCUGGAGCUCCAUCGUCGUCGAUGAGCGCACCGAGAAGCCCAAGGAGCCUACCGAUGUCUACGGCGGUGAGACGAGCGGUGACCUGCGCGCGGGCGAUCGUGCCCCGGAUGCCCCGGGCCUUGUCCCCGUCUUGGGAGACCAGCAGCACACGCUGUCGCUCUUCCACAUCUUCCGUCCGGUGCACCACACUGUGCUUCUCUUCGCCUCCGACGCCACGAUACCCGCUAGCAGCCUGAAGAUCGUCGUGGUAUAUCCCAGGGGCACUAAGAACGCUACUCCGGUCAUCGACGCGGAUUUCACCGUCGUGGACAAGGAAGGCCAUGCGUACUCUACGUACGGGGCGUCUCCUGCGUGCCCCGCGACGGUCAUCAUCCGGCCUGAUACUGUGGUCGGCGCAAUUGUGUUUGGCGUCGACGGCUUGAAGAAGUAUUUGAACGCGGUGUUCUCUGCUGUCUAG